AUGGCAGUUGUCAUGGAGGUGAAAAGCAACCUCCUCAAGGAAGAGAGGCAGAUGCUCCUCCGCCGCUUCAAGCGGCCAGGCUUCAAGCUGGUUGCGCAGGUGGUCAUGGGCGAGCCGCCUGCAGAGUUUAAGGAGAUUGUCCACAAGGGACUGCUGGAGGAGAAGCAGCAAAAGUUGGACGAGGAGUGGAAGCUGAGGAAGGCGGAGAAGGAGCGCGAGCGCGAAUUACGCGCCCGGGAGAGGGAGCUCGAGGAGGCCCGCAGGAAGGCUGAGGCCGACGCGCUGGCCCGGGCUCAGGCGGAGGCAAUGGCUCAGGCCGAGGCAGUGAAAGCGCAGCUUCUCGCGCAGCAGCAGGCACAGGCGGCCGUGAUCGAGAUCGGCCCCGAUGGCACGCCCAUCCAGCCCACUCCGCCCGGAGACGGCGCCGUGGUUGUGGACGCCGAGCCCAUGGUGGUGGAGGCAAACCCGCCCGCGGAAGGCGUCCCGCAGGCGGCACCAGCUGGCGAAGUCAAGGAGGAGCAGGGCGAAGCGAAGCCAGAUGUCAAGAUGGAGGGCGAGGUGAAGCUGGAGGAGGUGAAGCAAGAGGAGGAAGAGAAGAAGGUGGAGCCGGAGGAGCCAGAGGAGCCGAGGCCCAUCGCCACGCUCACCGACGAGGAGAAGGCCAUCUUCUUCACGCCGAAGGCCUCGACGGAUCUGACCAGCUGGACGCUGGGAGGCCACUUUGCCAAAUUCUGCCUUCCCGACGCAGAUGAGGGCUUCGACGAGAUCCGCUUUGCCUGGAACCCACAGGAGGUCUGCAAGGAGUACCUGCACAAGUGGGUCCUCAAGAACAAGAUUCUGUGCCGCAUGGAAGACAUCGUCCCUUCGGACUGGUUCCACCUCAAGUCUUCUGAGUGGCAGAAAGUUCUGGCGGACUGGCACAGCAAGCAGGGCGAGUUUGCCGCCAAGCAGGCCUACCAGGAGGACGAGCCCCCUGCGGAGGAUGGGUCCUCUGUCACCGACGUCAUGUCGGUACCAGACAUUUGCAACGUCGUGAACGGUGAGCCGCUCUUUGCAAAGUUCACCUUCGAGGACUGGGCCCUCCUGAGUCUGCGAUUGGAACUUCACCUUUUGGUCCACAGCUUCCGACGCGACGCGCAGGACGACGAGCGCGUGGGCAUCCACGAGUCGCACCUGCCGUUCUACUACAACAAGUACUACAAGAAGACCUUCAACGUCAAGCACUACGGGGUGGAGAACAACGCUGCCCUUCUCUCCUUCAUCAAGGACACGGUCGUGAUCAACCCGGAGAAUCAGGUGAUCCAGGCCAUGCUCCAAGAGGAGGUCGAGAGCUUCGACAUCUUCGUCAAGCUGACGGAGGUCUUGUGGCCAUGGAAUUCGGAUGUUCGAACGGCGUGA